CGUGCAGGGCUGUUCUGGAGACCCCGCGCUGCUUGUACCUCUAUCAUCUCGGUUGACAUGGAUGAUGAAGAUGGCAGGUGCUUGCUAGAUGUAAUUUGUGACCCACAAGCGCUCAAUGACUUUCUUCAUGGAUCAGAAACACAGCUGGACACUGAUGACCUUUUGGAUGGCUCAAGUGACCCGUCCAGCUCGUUCUUCUCCAGCACUGGGGAACACGUUCCUGAAGUCCAACCACCGGCUCAGCUGUCGACGAGUGAGCCAUCUGGGCUUCCGCGAGUCAGUGUUGAUUUGGACUUUCUAGAAGACGAUGACAUCCUUGGGGCCUCACCAGAAGAAGGCGACGGUGAAAGCAAUGGGGUUGGGUCAAAUCAUGAGCCUUGUGAUAUUCUGCAGCAGAGUCUGGCAGAAGCCAAUAUCACAGAGCAGAGCCUUCAAGAAGCAGAGGCUGAGCUAGACCUCAGCUCAUUUGGGCUAACUAGUCUAACACAGGUGGUCCAACCACUGCCUGAUACUAGUAUGCCUGGGGUGGGCAUUGCAGGAACUACACAAAUCUUUCCUGGCCAGGGCACCACUACCACACCUUCCAGUGCAACCACCGAUAUGCUUGGCUCAGUUCUGGCACACCAGGGGAUGCAGCUUCAACCCCAGGUCAUGAACAAAGCCAUCAAUGUCCAGCCAUUUAUGCAGCAAGUUGGACUAGGAAAUGUGACCCUUCAACCCAUUUCAAGUCUUCAAACCCUACCAAAUGGAAGCCAGUCUGGACAUUUGGGCAUUGGACAGAUUCAAGUUGUGGGCCAAUCCACUGUAAUGACUAUCAAUCCAUCAGGGCAGCACAUCCUGACCAAAACCAUGGGUGGCUAUCCUCUGCACCAGCCUGGACUUGAUGCUGCAAGUGCUGGGGCCCAGGCUGGUCUUGGAGGGUCUGUGCUUAGCUCUGGAGGGGGACUUUUGAUUCAGGGAGGCAAGGCCACACUAGGUUCUCCAUCACUGAAUGGCCCAGCUAUUUGUGUCAGCAGCACUAAUACCAACAGCAGUGGUACCACAAUGGCUGCACCAAGUGGUAUAGUGGGAUUUGCUCGUGGUCCUUUAAAUACAGGAACUCAAUCUCAGACUCAAAACCAAGUCAUGCAGAAUGUCAUCAUCCAACGGACACCAACUCCAAUACAGCCCAAACCUCCCCAAGGGAGUGCCAUCCAACCAAAAUCCUUCAAACAACAGCAGCAACUGCCAGCCACACAUACAUUGCAAAAUGAUGCCAAUAAAGCUCUAGGGGUGCAGCAAGUCCCAGCAUCUGCAGCUCAGAAUGUAGCCUUCCUUACUGGCAAGCCAAGUUCAAAUGUAGUACUGAGUACACAGACCACCACACAAGGGACACAGUUCCCCCAAGCCCUGUUUAAGCAACACAGCAAUCCUGCAUCAGGCAAGCCUCUUAGUGUUCAUGUGCUAAAUCAGCAAGGCAGCAUUGUCAUCCCAUCCCAGGCUGUCCUACAAGGGCAGAAUCAUCAGUUCCUCCUGCCUCAGCUCCAGACUGGAGGUCAAAUCCUGGCCCAGCAAACUGGUGGACACAUUAUUACCAGUUCUGGGCCAGGUGGACAAAUUAUUGCGGCCAAUCAGAUCUUGGCAACCAAUCAGAAUAUAAAUCUAGGACAGGUAUUGGCCCCUCAAGGUCAUCCUGGUGCUGCCCACAUUCUUUCUGGAUCCAUACAGCUCCAGCCGGGUCAGAUGGGCCACCCCACACUGUUCCAGAUGCCUGUUUCUCUAGCCCAGUCCCAAAAUCAAGCCCAUCCAGUUACAGGACAUGUUCAAACUGUUAUACAAGGCAUGCCUAUACAGAGUUCCUUGUCAAUAGAGGGCCUCAGUCCAGCUGUAAGUUUGCAGCCAGCCCUUCAACAGCAGGCUGGUGUUGUUACUGGAAGCAGCAGCGCUGGUAUAGCAACCAUGCCCCAGUGCCAACCAAAUGAGAGCAUGACUGAAAUGGGUACCUCCACUGAGCAAGCAGCUCAAACCCAACCCCAACCCUCUAUCCUUACUGUCCAGACAGGUCCUUCAGUUACAGCCACUAUGUUGAUUCCAUCUUCUACAUCUCCAUCUUCUACAGUAACUACAUCUACAUCCUCUGUGAGCACAGUGGGCUUAGCCUCCCAGGUCCAACACAGUCCAGGAAAGGUGUUGUUCACUCCUCCAAGCUCCAGCAUUAUCCUUAGCCAGGAGCCUGUGCAGAUGUUCCUGCAGCAGGAUCAGCAGCACCAAGCAGGGAAAGACCCACCUGCCUCUGUGGGUGUACCUGCAUCUGUUAUCGUCAGCGGUGGCAGCUCUGGUUCCGCCCCUACAGCCCAUGAUGGCCUAUUAACUGAAACUCACCCAGGGGAGAAUGCGAGUCCUUCCCUUGGCCCUGCUGACAUGGCAGCAUUGGUUAAGAAGGUUUCAUCAGCAGCACAUCAGCAACAAGCUAUAAAGAUCCAAAGCGCCUCACCAUCUCAGUCUGUGGCCACUCACAAUGUGACACCAACUCUAUCAGACAGCCCUCAGCCAUCCCAGGCUUCGCCCCUUAUUCAGAUCCAGUCCCCUCACCCUCCACAGUCCCGGCCUCCCUCACAGCCCCAGGCACAGCCACCAACUCAGUCCCAGGCACCUUCUCGGGCAUGCACACCUUCCUCUAUACCUCCACUCUUUAUAAUACACAAUUCGAUAGGCGGUUCUCCACAACCAUCUCAGCCAGUUUCCCAAGCUCCACAGCAGCAGACACAGCCUCAGCCGAUUCAAGUGCAGAUUCCACAGGUUAUUCCUCAGCCUGUGGUUCUCCAGCAGGAGCAGCUGCCCACCUCCUGUUCCCCAAAGCCUCCCCAGGCUCCUUCAUCACAGUUCCAUUUUGUGGCGCCUACAGUGUGUGGCACGGCUGGGGCAGUGUUGAAACAGCAGAUGCCAGGCUUGUCUGCCGAACAGCAGCACCAUUUACAGCUGAUUAAUGCACAACUACAGAGAAUGCCAUCCAUAACCCAGCCUUCACCACAACAGAAGCAGCUACUGGAAAAGCUCAACCAGGUUCAGCAAAACAUCCUUCUCCAGGCAAAACAACAACAACUUCAGACACCACCUCAGGCCAGUCAGUUUAGCAAACUGCCUGAGCAGCCUCCAGCCCAACUGGUUAACUCUUCAGCCAGCAGUACAGUCAGUGCAUCUGUCACAUCUCUGUUGCAACAGAAGUCUGUCUUUAUCAAGUCCUCAGUUUCAGGUUCAAAUGACACCCAGGUGUUUCCUGGAACUUCAGGGCCAAGCGGAGUAACAGUUAAUCAAGGAAAGCCCCCUCUAAAUCUUGCACAGUCUGUUCAGACAAAGCCUGGGGUUAUAAGUGCGGUUGGAGGGCUGACAUUAGGUAAACCAGGGUUACAGAUUCAGGUUCUGAACAGUGGAAUUUCUCAGAUGCCUACUCUGCAGCCUUCAGCUCCUGUUCAAACCCAGACUUCAGCUUUAAAAAGGCCUUUUAGUGUGGAGCCAAGCAAAGAAGCACGGAUAUUAGAACAGCUGAGGAAGCUUCAGGCUUCUGUACUGCAUCCAGAUUACAGCUCACCUUUCCACUCUUUUGAGGACACGCUCUGCCGGCUGUUGCCCUAUCACGUGUACCAGGGCAUGGCUCCCUCCCCUCAAGACUACCGCAAAGUGGAUGAUGAGUUUGAAAAUGUCUCCAGUCAACUUCUGAAGCGCACACAAGCUAUGCUGGAUAAGUAUCGUCACCUGCUGUUUGAGGAAUCAAGGAGGCUGGGUCCUUCUGCAGAAAUGGUGAUGAUUGACAGAAUGUUCAUCCAGGAGGAGAAGAUUGCUCUGAACCAAGACAGGAUAUUGGCCAAGGAGAAGCCAGAGGAGUUUGUGGCCAGCUCAUGUAUGGUGAACAGGGUUGCAGAGAGUAGUGUGAGGCCUGCGGCAGUGGAACUGAGCUCUAUUAAAACUGGGCCUGCACCAGUGGAACUGAGCUCUGUAAAACCUGCUAUAGCAUCGGCCCAUGUACUUGGAACCCCAGCUCCCGCUUCUACUUCAGUGACAACUGCUGCCACUGCUAACCCUGUUCCUGUUACCUUCCCCCCCACCAAACUGGUGAUAAAACAAGGAGGAGGUGGAGCACUGGUAUCAUGGUCUACUAGCUGCACCCCCAUGUCUUCAUCUGUGGUACGGCCUUGUGCAAAAGCCACAGGUCUGAGCUCUGAGCGCUGUUUUGGCCCCACCUCAUCUUCUACUCAUUCUGCUGAUGAUGAUGACGAUGAUGAUGAUGCACUUCCUCAGAGGACUAGCAAGCCUCCUAUCAAGACUUAUGAGGCACGUCAGCGAAUUGGCUUGAAGUUGAAGAUUAAGCAAGAGGCGGGGUUCAGCAAAGUGGUUCACAACACUGCAUUAGAUCCCGUUCAUUUACAACCACAGCACACUCCUCUACCACAAGUCCCUGAGCCACCCUUGAAAACAAGACCACCUGUAACCCAACUGUCCAUAGUUCAAAGGACUUCACCCCCAACCAGCAAUUCCACAUCCUCUGUCACUUACAGUGCAGCAACCACACACGCAAGUUCCGGAACUACAACUUCCACAACUGCCCCCCCUACUUCAGUCUCUCAUGGCUGGUCAUCUUUGUCCUCAUCUUUAUCCUCCUGCACCUCUUCAGCCCAAGUGAAUGGCACUCUAGAGCACUAUGAGGUGUCUGGGGCCAAACUGAAUCCUACCUCCACUUCAGCACCUCAGUUGACAACCUGCCGGCUCCCUCUACGAAAGACAUACCGCAAAAACGUCAGCCCUCACCAUCGACCGGGUGUGCCCGGAGGGGGUGAUGUGGGACCCAUUCAACCAGCAGCACCUGCAUCCUCUCCUCCAGUGGAGAGGACAGUUAUUGCCAGUGUGAAAUUGGAACAGCAAGGUGUCUGCAAGCCCCCUCAUACCCACACUGACCCAGGGUCACAGGGCCUGGCAUCUGUAGAGCAUGAAUUCUACCAUGGAAUUAAAAAUGCCUAUCAGCAGCAGCAAUCUUCUGAUAAAGAGGAUGAGGAGGAUGGUAAUACCGGGGACCACAUGGGGAGAGUCAUGGGGCAGAUGACUAAAAACCGUGAGUGGGCAGUGGGCACAUUUCGGAUGGACCAGCAUGCACCAGGCCCUCCAUCUCCGGGCGAAACAUCCUGGGCGAGAGACUCCUCACUUCCUGCAAAACGAUCUAAGUCAGAUUCCCCAGACAUGGACAAUGCCAGCUUCUCUAGCGGUAGCCCCCCACUGGACAAUUCGCUGAAUGAACAUCUGCAGUGUGCUAUCGAUAGCAUACUGAAUCUGCAGCAGGUCCCACCGACCCGUGGAUCCGUGGACAGAGUUUAUGCUGGAAACCUAACCAACCAGCACCAAACCCACCAUCGUCAGGGCACAUCAACAUCAACUUCAUCAACAUCAUCGUAUAGACACGUCUCUUCCUCUUCCUCUCCUUCUUCAUCUUCCAUUUCACAGCACCCACAGUUAGGGGGCCGAGGACAGAAUGGAAAUCUGGUGUCACAGACACAUAGUAGAUAACAGCCCCUUUGAAGUGAGAUAUGCUGAAAGACUGAGAGAGGCCAAAGCAGGAAAAUCACUUUACUCUGUUUAGCUGUGUUUGCCUUGCUUGUCUAUGGAUGGCUACUGAAUAAUAUCAUUCUCUAGGUAUAAUGUAAAGCCCUUUAGGUGUACUUUCAAAAGCGAGAAGUGCACUUUGACAUGCCAGGCUUUUUUUUUUUCUUUCUUUCUUUUUUUUUUUUUUUUCUUCCUUUUUGUUUGUUUUGUUUUGGGUUUUGUGGGAAAUUUCAGGAAAGAUAUGUUCAUUGUUAACAGGGCUUACAUAAAUUCUUACAUUAACUUUUCAUUAGAAAUAACAAAAUGUGGGGAAGAUUUUCUUAAUCUGUCCAUUUAAUAUAUGUAUGGCCCUUGAUUAAUUACCAUUACCACUGUAGUAAUUCUACCUUUAUGGUUGGAUGUUAUUUUUUAAUGUUGUUCUUUGAUUUGAAAAUGAGGUCUUUGUCCAUUGGUUAAGAGAUAUUAUCCCUCUUUAGCACAAAAUCAUGAAUUACAAUAACAGAAACUGACCCAGCACACACAUUCUGAAUUCUUUAGGAUCUUUCUUCAUUUGGGCUUUAGCAAAACAUUUGAUUUAAUGAGUGCCGAGAUUGAAAAUACACAUUUAUUAAACAGACGGAUUGGUUUCUAACAGAACUUUUGACCUUAAGUUACACCAUCAUCCGGAGCACAUUUACAUAGAAUACCUCUAGUCUCAGAGUGUCUUUUUUUUUUUGGCUUGUAUUUUUUAAACUUGGUCCUAACUGUACACUGCAUUUUAGCUGAUUAGCUGAAUUAGGUUGGAUUAGUGCUGGGUACAGGCACAGCAAGCAGGUAAUAUCUUCAGGAUUACACAGGUGUAAUUAUCCAUGUUUAAAAUCAAUUAUUUUAGUGGUUCACAGUCCGCAACCACUGUCUCAUCAAUGUCAUGAAGUAUAGAAGCAUCCUCAUUAUUGUGAUUACGUACAACUGUUACUCUAUCACUGUCGCAAGAUUAAGUGGCCGUAAAGACACCCUUAUAAUUUAUUUAUAUAUUUUAUGUAUACAUAAUGUAGACGCCUUCAAAACCCUCUGGACAAUUCAAAUGCAAACACAGCUUAAUUACGAGGAAAAGAAGACUAAUCUAAAGAAAAAAAUAGAACUGUAAGAAUUUGAAGUAUAGUACUACAAAUUAAUUUUGUAUUGUAUUUAUUGUGUAUAAUGACACUUUUUUUAAAAAGGAAACUGUACAUUUAGUAAAACUGUAAAUUAAACUUUGCUUC